UCGACCCACCCGUUUGGUCCAACCGGAACCCGCCACACACUUCUCUUCCACCUAACCCAACUCUCAAAAAUUGGGGAUUUUCCCCUUUGUUGUUCUUCAAUUAGAAAAACUAGGGUUUCUGAAAGAACAAUAAUUAAGAGCAGGAUUUUGCAGUUUACAAGGAUGCAGCAACCACCAUCCAUGAUGCCAUCUUUUCCUUCUGCUAAUAUCACUACUGAGCAGAUUCAAAAGGUAUUUCUUUAUAUUUUCAGGUGUCAGGAUUCUUGUGGUAAAAUGGGUUUUGUUAUGUGAUGCAGUACCUAGACGAGAACAAGACAUUGAUUUUGGCCAUAUUGGACCAUCAAAAUCUUGGGAAACUAGCUGAAUGUGCACAGUACCAGGCUAAACUUCAGAAGAACUUGAUGUACUUGGCCGCUAUUGCUGAUGCUCAACCACAAUCACCAGCUAUUCCAACGCAAAUGGCUCCUCAUCCUGCAAUGCAGCAAGGAGGAUUUUACAUGCAGCACCCUCAAGCUGCAGCGAUGACUCAACAACAGGGUAUGUUUACUUCGAAGAUGCCACUGCAGUUCAACAACCCCCAGCAACUACACGAUCAGCAGCAGCUUCAACAUCAACAACUACAGCGACAGCAGCAAGGUAUGCAACUUGGAGGUGCCAACAGUGGAAUGCACUCCAUUCUUGGUGUUACAAGUAAUGUUAGCCAGCUUACAACUUCAGGUGCCCGUGAUGCACGUAGAGGAAACAAACAAGACAACUCUGAAACUGAUCCUUCGGGUGCUGAUGGUCAGGCUAGCUCGGUCACUGCCCAAGUCUCAGAAGAACGCAAGUGAUGAACUUUUCAAUAAUGUACAAUAUGUCCACUAAGGACAGUUCAUAAUAGGGGUUUAGAACUAGUGUUGUAUGUCAUGCUUUUCAUGAUGUGUUACAGAGAGAGGGUUAGGUAUGUUGUGUUUUCCCAGAGCUCGUUCGAGUUAACCAACGUGUAGUUUAGAGGAAGAAAGCUUGUUUAGUUUGUGUAACCACUGCUUGUAAUUCUGUAACAACAUAGAACUGUUGCUGUUUCUAUCUGAAUAGUAUUGUGUUGUAGUUUUUCAGUCAUCCUUGAAGGAUCUUGAAUGUUUCAACCUUAAACAAAAAUAAAAGGGAAAAGGGUCUGAUAUA